AUGGAUGAAUGGCUCAAGCAGGCUACCCGCCUUGGUGCAAGACACAGUGCAGAAUUUAUUAUCUUCGGGGUCUCCAAUCACCUUGGUCCGCAUGCCUUCCAAUUCAUGCAAAGUACACCGGGGGCCACACCAUUCCUUCAAUUCAGUCUUGACUCCAAUCAAAAGAAGCAUUACCCUGCCCGGUUCCAGUCGUUCAUCACUGGGCACACUGAGAGCAAGUUAGCUGCGCUGGCAAGACCAAAGAAAAAACGGUGUGCCAGAAAUGGAAUGUCAGUGACUGACCGCAUGCACCAGUUGAUCAAUGAAGCGACUUCAGGCAUUCGUGAGAAAUGGCCCUGGACAGAUACUCAAGCACACCUUGCCGACAUAGGCUACAAGGUUGUUAUUGCACCCAAAGCAAGGAUUAACCCCAGUUGGAUCAUGAAGCCUAGCCGCUUCCUCAGUGGACCCCAAAUGCAGAUGCUUCAUUUAGAUCUGGACAGCCAGCUCAUUGAUCUUGUGCGAAUUCCCAGGGUCCCAUUUCCUAAGCCCUUGCGCGUCAAUCUUCCUAAGCGCUUGCGGGUCAAUAACAGCAUCUCCCACUCAUCAAGUUCUAGUCCGGAGGGAACAAACACAGGUGGAAAUGGCAACAGCAGUUUGGGAACUGGUGAACAUUAG